AUGAGAGAUCGCGAGACCGGCCGCAGCAGAGGAUUUGGCUUCGUCACCUUCUCCGCUGAACCGGAAGCUGAGGCUGCCAUUGCUGGGCUUAACGAUCAAGAACUUGAUGGUCGCCGCAUUAAGGUCAACCUGGCCAACGCUAGAGGUGGCGGCGGAUCCCGUGGCGGUUACGGUGGUGGUGGUGGCUACGGUGGUGGUGGCUACCAGCGUGGUGGCAACCAGGGUGACUACCAGAGCCAGGGCUACCAGGGCUACGGCGGUAACAGUGGCUACGGCGGCUACUAA